CUUAGUUUUUGCAAGUAUCUAAUUUAUAUUAAUUAUUAUCAGUUUAAAUUUUGGCUUAAUUAAUUUCUCGUAAUGAAAUAGACGAGAAUAUCUAUUUAUUUGGCUUUAAUUGUGACGUUUCACUACGCACAGAGGGCGAUUUCAAAAUUUUCUGUGUUUUUGAUACGCAAAAGUUUUAAAUUUUAUUAUUUCAUGCCGAAAGACACGGAUCCUUGUCAGAAACAAGCUUGCGCAAUCCAAAAAUGUUUGCAGGAAAACAACUACAAUGAAGAUGCCUGUCAAUAUGUGGUGGAGGCAAUGCGACAUUGUUGUAAGAAGUUUUAUGAUAACUCAAAAUGUUGCUCAGGAUUUCAAAAACCUGAUAAGGCAGUGCCUAAAGAAACAGUAUGUCAGAUAUCACAAUGAAAAUUGUAAUUUAUUACACUGAUGGCUGAAGAAAAUAUCAGAACAAAAGAAAUGACUUUCAGAAGCAGGCUUAUUUGUGACUGUGGUUAGACAUGAUUUACUUCUAGAUAUGUUAACUGAUAUUAUUUAUUAUAAGCUUGUAGUUGUUUAAUGACAUCUUUUUUUAUAUUUAUUUAGUACAUACUUUUUCAAUAAAUGAAUUGCAGAAAAUUUUUUCCCAUCUA